AUGGUUGUCCAUCCCGCCAUUAAAGCGGUUGUACAACACGGGCAGACUCUGCAGGCAAAGUUGAAGUGCAACAGAGGAUUACACGCUCGAGAUGGCAAGCAGACUACCGUAGUGAAAGUGACGUGUCAAGAUGGCGUGUGGUCUCCAAUUUCUUUCAAAUGCCAUUCAAUCGAUUCGUCAAGCUCUGAAAAACCUUCAAGUAUUCAGCUAGAAGAGAGAACGUCUUCCGAUUGCGAUCCUCAACAGUUAAACAGCAUUGUCGGCUCUCCUGUAAUACACAACAUGAACAAAACUCAUGCCCUAGCCGAGUGUCCGAUCACUCAUCAUGUCGAGCAGCUCACGUACAAUCAAUCGCAACCGGAGCGGAAAUUCUAUCUCAAGUGUCUAAAGGGCAACUGGGAAUCUCAACCACGGGAGAGGCUCCAGUGCAGCAAAAUAGUGUGUCCUCAUUUAAAGAUCGACCGUUCUCUUUUUAACUUCAAUACUCUUCAAAGAGGCAACGCGACGUCUUGGGGUGUUGGAUGUAAAAUUGAACUCGAAUGUCGAAAUGAGAACAAGAACGCAGGAGAGAAUAGAACGGUUAUAAUGGAAUGCAGACCAAACGGAAAAUGGAGCGAAGACCCGUCAUCAAUCAAAUGUCACGACCAUUCUCGAGUGUCGGAUAAGAAAGAAUUGUCCUACAGUAACAACUGUGGAUCGUUGACACACUUUCUCAAACUUGGUUUCAGCACUAUAAAAUUGGUGAACAACUCGCAUGCGUUUAUGAAUUGCUCGAAAAGUCGACACAUUGUGCCACAUGAGCUUAGCGGCAAUCUCAAACAGAUAUCGCAAACAACGUACAUCAAGUGUGAAGAGGAGUCCGGAAAUUGGGUAUCGGCCAUUGAAGGCAAAACUCUGGGUGAUCUCCAGUGCAGCAAAACGAUGUGCAAUGAUUCAAAUCUGAUUCAGACGGAGGUCGAAGGCACGAGAGUAUGUGACAACGUCGAGACAAAUGCGGUCGGUGACUGCAUACGGUACCGCUGCAAAAAUGAAGAGUACCACGUGCACGGUACCGACAGCGGUACCGCCACAAUACGUUGCCUUCCGGACGGUCAGUGGAGCCAGAAUCCUGCACUCUUCCGAUGCGUACGAACUGUUCGGUGUAAUUCUUCUGGUCUCGUUGGUCCUCAACUGAUCAACAAUCCGUCGUUUUCAAAUGCAAAGAGACGGUGCGGUCUUAGAUAUUGUGAGAACUAUGUUUGCAAAAAGAAUGAUCAUUACGUCAAUGGACGGAACAACGUCACCAUCCACUGUCUCGCAAACGGAGCGUGGAGUCAAGACCCAAACCGAUUGCACUGUCGCGGUAACUUAAUAAUACUUUGUCAUUGA